GUUUCAGGGGAAGUCAAGCCUCUCUACUGCUUCUUUUUAUAACCUUUAAGUUAAUUCAGAGCCCAGAUAAGCCUUGAUCUGAGGAUGAUAUAACCGCCACAAGCAACAUGGGAACUUCUAGAGAAAACAAGAAGAAGACUUCAAAAAACAUGCUGUGAUGUCUCCCAGUGGAGACAGGGCACGAGGUGCAGGGAAGAGGAGGUGGCCUGAGCCAGGACGAUGAGGAUGCAAUGUUGAAGAAUAAGCUGGAAAAGAGAAGUAACCGGCACUAUGGAAAAAACCAAAACAAAGCAAGGAGAGAAUGAACAUAUGCCGGUAAAUAAUCCUUCCACGCAGAUUUACCAGUUGCAGGCCCUAGCCUCCGAACUCAAAACUGGUUUCACAGAAGCAAUGCAAGAACUGUCAAGAAUUCAACAUGGAGAAUAUGCUUUGGAAGAAAAGGUUAAGAGCUGCAGAUGUUCCAUGGAAGAAAAAGUUACUGAGAUGAAGAAUUCAUUAAACUAUUUCAAGGAAGAGCUGAGCAAUGCCAUGUCGAUGAUCCAAGCCAUCACUUCCAAACAAGAAGAAAUGCAACAGAAAAUCGAACAGCUUCAACAGGAGAAGCGAAGAGAAUCUCGAAAAGUUAAAGCCAAAAAAACUCAAAAAGAAGAGCACAGCUCACAGGCCGGGCCUGCCCAAGCACAAGGAAGUCCUUUUCGUUCUAUCAAUAUCCCUGAGCCUGUUCUUCCAAGCGAAGACUUUACCAACCUUUUGCCUUCUCAGGCCUACGAAAAAGCCCAAGAGUCCAGAUCUGUUCAUGUAGGAGACAGUAAUAUAAAGGGAAUGAUGGGUCCUGGAGUGAACCCAACAACUCCAGAAGCAGAAGAAAACCUCAAGUCUUGCCUCUCAGCUGAUAUCCAGUCCAAGGGCCAUCUCCCAUCUGGCAUGUGGAGGCAGCCUAAGGAUGGUAAAGAAUGGGGUGAAGAAUACGUCACAAAAGACCACCCAGAUAAACACAAGGAGGCUGGCCAGGGUAGACACAGCUCCUUGGAAAACGUUUUAUGUGAAACCUCUUUAGCUGCUAAAAGACAGACUGUGGCCCUGGAACUGCUUGAAUCUGAAAGAAAAUAUGUCAUUAACAUCUCUCUGAUCUUGAAGAUAAAAGCCACAUUCCAGGGGUCAGAUGGAAAGAGGAAUUCCAAAGAGAGAAGCCUCUUCCCUGGCUCUUUACGGUACCUCGUCCAGCAGCACCUGGAUCUGCUUCACGCACUGCAGGAAAGGGUCCUGAAGUGGCCACGCCAAGGCGUUCUCGGAGAUUUAUUCCUUAAGUUAACAAAUGAUGAGAAUAAUUUCUUGGAUUAUUAUGUUGCCUACCUAAGGGACCUGCCUGAGUGCAUCUCAUUGGUUCAUGUUGUAGUCCUGAAAGAGGGUGAUGAAGAGAUUAAAUCUGACAUCUACACGUUGUUUUUUCACAUAGUCCAGCGCAUCCCUGAAUAUCUGAUACAUCUGCAGAACGUCCUGAAGUUCACAGAGCAGGAGCACCCUGACUAUUAUCUACUACUGGUGUGUGUCCAGCGCCUCCGAGUAUUUAUCUCACACUACACCCUGCUGUUUCAAUGCAAUGAAGAUUUGCUUAUUCAGAAACGGAAAAAGCUCAAGAAGUCAUCCAUGGCGAAGCUGUACAAAGGGCUGGCUUCUCAGUGUGCCAAUGCUGGGCAAGAUGCUUCCCCCACUGCAGGUCCUGAGGCUGUCCGUGACACUGUGAUCCACUCAGAAGAGUUGCUGCAACCCUACCCUUCUGCUCCCAGUUCUGGCCCUGCCGUCACACAUCUGAUGCCCCCAGUGAAGAAAAGCCAACAGCAGCAAAGCCUGAUGGAGAGCAUGCAGCCCGGGAAGCCCAGUGACUGGGAGCUGGAGGGCAGGAAGCACGAGCGGCCCGAGAGCCUUCUGGCACCGACGCAGUUCUGCGCGGCCGAGCAGGACGUGAAGGCGCUGGCCGGGCCCCUGCAGGCCAUUCCGGAGAUGGACUUCGAGCCCUCUCCGGCGGAGCCGCUGGGCAACGUGGAGCGCUCCCUGCGCGCCCCGGCCGAGCUCCUGCCCGAUGCCCGCGGCUUCGUGCCCGCGGCCUACGAAGAGUUCGAGUACGGCGGCGAGAUCUUCGCGCUGCCCGCGCCCUACGACGAGGAGCCGUUCCAGGCUCCGGCCCUCUUCGAGAACUGCUCGCCCGCCUCCUCCGAGUCCAGCCUGGACAUCUGCUUCCUGCGGCCCGUCAGCUUCGCCAUGGAGGCCGAGCGGCCGGAGCACCCGCUGCAGCCGCUGCCCAAGAGCGCUACGUCGCCGGCGGGCAGCAGCAGCGCCUACAAGCUGGAGGCGGCGGCGCAGGCGCACGGCAAGGCCAAGCCGCUGAGCCGCUCUCUCAAAGAGUUCCCCCGUGCGCCGCCAGCCGACGGCGUGGCCCCGCGCCUCUACAGCACGCGCAGCAGCAGCGGCGGCCGCGCGCCCAUCAAGGCCGAGCGCGCCGCGCAGCCGCACGGCCCGGCCGCCGCCGCCGUCGCCGCCCGCGGCGCACCCAGGACCUUCUUCCCCCAACAGAGGUCCCAAAGCGAAAAACAGACCUAUUUGGAAGUAAGGAGGGAGAUGCAUUUAGAAGAUGCUACCAGAUUCUGUCCCAAAGAAGAAAGAGAAAGUGAACAAACAUCUUUCAGCGAUCAAAAUCCCAGGCAAGACCAGAAGGGGGGCUUUCGCAGCUCCUUCCGCAAGCUCUUUAAAAAGAAAAAUGGGAACGCAACUGGUGAAGAUUUCUGUGGUCCUUGGGGCUGGUGGUGACAUCAAAGCUUUCCUAUUUUCAGGGACUUCUGACAUGAGAAAACUGGAGAAGGUGCAGAGCUGGAAUGGAUUACCCAAGUGGCUUAACCAAGAUAAAGGAAGAAUGCACCCUCGACUGGGGACUCAAAUGGACUGAUCUGAGUUGUUGACUAUUGAUUGGCUUUGGUCUCUUUGUGGUGGUUGAGAUUAUAGUAUCUCUGCAAUCUGAUUACUGUACGAAUUUCUGCAUUCUACCAAAUGUAGCAUAUAUGUGUGGUUGGCUUCAAUAAAUCUUUCAUUUAAAAAUGAAAACAAGCAAAAGCAAGAGUUUGUAAUGUAAUGCCAAAUUCAGUGAAGGUCCUUGAUAACCUUGGUUGAGAACCAUGAUUUCCAUCCAUUUUAAUUUAAGGUCCUUGGUAAUUUGUGGAGUUGUUACUUCAUUGAAUCAAAAACAGGAUUUCUUGAAUUUUCUGAGCUUUUGUUCCCCUAUUAUGAUGUUAUUACACAAUAUCUUACACUGACAUAUACAAUUGUCACAAUUGUCCCCAUAAAGCAUUAGAAAGAUAUUCUCUUUAUGUUCAAUGCAAAUCUUAGAUACACAUGUCCUAAGUCAUGAAACUCAGGGGAGUAAAAACUAUUCCAGUUCUAGGAAGCAACUGUUUUACAAAUGCAAAACAAUUGGGAUAGAUAAAAAUAUUUGAAAACAAUUAAAACCAAAUCAACCUGUACUUUAUCUGUGUGCUGAGAUUUUAGGUCCAGUGGAUCAGAAUACAGGGAAAAAACUAAUGAGAAUCCCUCAAUGGAUCCUUCACCCACCAAACAAGAUUUCUUCAGAAACCGACUUGCUCUUGCAAAUGACCUUGACCAAGGAACAGCUGUGUAAAACAUACUUAAAGUUGUAUUGUCAAGUGGUAAGAUGAGGAUAAAAAGCUUGUAUAUAUCUGUGUAGGAAUAUAUAUAUAUCUAUAUAUAUCUAUAUAUAUAUCGAUGUAUAAAUCCCUGAGGAAAACUAAUAUAAAUACUUACAUAUGAAACUAAAUCAACAUACAAGACAUUGAAGAGAUGAAGAUUAGUUUCUGGUUAAGAUCUGGCUUUUUGAACCUCAACACUGGGGAAAAGGGAAAUGAAGACUUUUCACAUCAUUACAGAAAAACACAAUAAAUUUGGAGGAAAAUAAAUGUUUGUAAGAAUGAAAACUUCCAACUUGAAGUCAUUCCCCGAGUAUAAUAUUGAGCAUGUUCAUAUUUAACAUGGAUGUGAAUUUUAUGCUUCCUAGGCAUUUAUUAACUCAUCCAGUGUUCUUAGACUAAUAUACACUAUGUUAGGGGCCAGUUCUGUCUUGCUUCAUGUCUUCCAAAAACCCCAAGGCAAUAUCUAACAUCCCUUAAGGCAAAGGAUUAAUUAACAGAACUGUAUUUUAUAUGUUGCAUAUCUGAGUUAUGGAGAAUUUGUGCUUAAACCAUGAUUCAGAAGGUUCAAAGCUUAAAAACACAUUGAUCUCCAAACUUGUUCUGUGGUUAUGGAAAUCAGUAAAGGGAACAAGGAUUUCUGUAGAAACUGGGGAGAGAGGAAGGCAAAGAAACAUUUUCCCUUGUGUGGGUUGAGCUGAGGAUGGAAACAGUCCAGUCUGUGUUUUAUUGAGUACUCAGUAUUCAAGACCCACUAGUGAUCUUGAGUGUCACACACACUCACGACCAGAUGGACUAGGAAAAAAGCAGUGAUUUAGCCACAUCUUGUUAAAAAGACUUUCUGCAGCCUGAAAAGAAGGUGGCAAUAGCACCAAAACUUCAAUGGUUCACACACAGCAGUUGCUACAAACAGCAGGUCAAAGUGAAAAUUCAGGAUUGCAGUACUUGACUGUUUUCCUAUUUUGUAAAGAAACCAAGCUCUUACAGCUCAGAUAGAGGAAUCAAAUUGCAGCGAGGCCUGCCUGGCUCUGGGGUGAUAAAAUGUGCUCUGUUUCCACAUGGAUAUGUCCAAGAUGGUCAGCAUCCUUGAUAUGCCCCAAACAUCAGAUUUAUAAUAGAAAAAAAAUUGGGUUUAAACAAUUUGUCUUUAUUCCCAGGCAGUUCCCCAUAGUAAAUUAGGGGUAUUUGGUUUCUGUUCAUUCAAAAUCUUGGUACUCAAACUGGUGUCUUCAGAAGCUGUUCCUCUAUUGAAGCGUUUGUUGAUAAAAUAGGCAAAGGUUCACAUGUAAGUGUUCCAAGUUUUCUUCUCCUUGUCUGAUGACAAAUUAGGAACUCACCUACUGCGUUUUGAAUAGUAGUUGUCUGGAACACAUAAAGGAUCACUGCCAAGUUUUUUGAGUUUCCAGUAUUUAAGUUUAAGCCAAGAUUUUUGUUUCCCAGAAGUUAAUGAAUUCAUUUGAAAUUAGAUUUUUCUCUUAUUAUCUGGCCAGCAGUCCUUGCAAGCACAAUGCCAAAUCGACUGGACAUGGAAAGUCAAAUACUACAGAAGUCACAAUCUGUUAAAUAAAAUGUUAACACAAUAAAAUUCCUUUCCCUUUCAUCUUCUGUUUAUCACUAAAAUUGAUCAGUUACUAGAAAGGUUUAAAAACUAUCACACACCUUACCAAUUUUAUUUUGGCAGCAUCCUCUGAAAAAUCUUGAUGCUACAUCUGUAGUGUAACUCCAAAAUAAUUGAGUUGUAUUUUAUGAAACUAGCUUAUGAAACUAGUAAUAAUUAACGCUGCUACUUACUUACUCUCCACGUGAGUUCCCAUCACUUGAUACCUGGAGUUUUCCUGAGGUUUCUAACUGUCUCCAAGUACUCUUUGCUCCCAUCUAUCCUGCAUGUCUCUUAACACAGUAUUCCCAAAUAUUGCUUUAUGUGAAACUCUUCUGUUUUUACUUGUCUGCAGUGAAAUUCCAAACUUCUUGAUGUGACAUCCAAGGCUUGCUCUCUCCAGUAAGGCUUUCUUUCUUUCUGGCUACCAUCUCAUAUUUUUCAGAGUCCUAGGUGGACUGACUUACCUCAAGUAAACUGGGUUUUUACCGUUUCCCAGUCAGCCGUGCACCUUGCCCAGGCUCACUCUUGCUUCAUGCCCUUU